AUUCCACACGUUUGGUCAACUUCGUGCGAGGUAUUGCCAAUAUGUAAUUAAUUUAACACAACAACCCAACCCACCCACGACAUGGCCAAAUUCUGGAUCUGGAUUUUGGAUUAUCCUGGAUCGAACUAAAAAAAGAAAAGAAAGGAUGAAAUAAAACUUGAGAGAGUGGAGAUAUCUGAUGGUGAUGAUGAAGAUGCUGUUGAUCAUGGAGGAUGAAAGCAAGAACUUGAUCAAGGUAUUCAUUUUAGUUUCUGUAUCUUUAAGUUACACUUAUUUCAUUGUAGGAAAGAAUAUCCCUAAAGGUAAGAUUAGAUUUCUGUCACUCCUUCCAGUCUUUUAUUAUUUCACAGUCCUACCUUUAACUAUAUCCUCCAUUGUUGUUAGAGGUACUCUUUCUUUUUUCAUCACCUGGCUUGCUAACUUCAAGCUCAUUCUCUUUUCCUUUGGUCAAGGUCCCUUAUCAUCAGAUCAAUCAUUUAUAUCUUUCGUUUCUGUUUGCUGUCUUCCUGUCAAUAUUAGACAAGAUUCACCUCUUAAGUCACUUCAUCAAACCAUGAAAAUAGACAAAACCAAAACCCUGACACCUAAGAAUAGUAAAAAACCAUUGUUAAGUUUGCCUGUUAUAAUUUUCCUUGGGUUACUCGUACUUCAUGUUUAUUGUAAUCACAAGCAGUCAAUAAAUCCUAGUUUCCUCUUGGUCUUGUAUUUAUACCUAUUCCUUGAGAUUCUUCUAGCCUUAGGAGCAACCUUAGCUCGAGUGAUGCUGGGUUCAGAGCUUGAGCCACAGUCAAAUGAGCCAUAUCUGUCAACUUCUUUACAAGAUUUUUGGGGCAAAAGAUGGAACCUUAUGGUUUCGAGUAUUCUACGGCCUACUGUAUACCAUCCCGUAUGUCAUAUGUCGGCGCAUAUAUUUGGGAGAAACUGGGCUUCGGUACCGGCAGUGUUGGCUACGUUUGUCGUGUCAGGCCUAAUGCAUGAGCAGAUAUUUUAUUAUAUGAACAACAUGGAACCUACAUGGGAGGUUACCUUUUACUUUGUUAUCCAUGGGAUUUGUACGGCCAAGGAGGUUGGAAUGAAGAAAGCAUUGAAUGGGAAAUGGCAGUUACAUCGUUUAGUUAGCGGACCAUUGACACUUGGGUUUGUUGUGGUCACUACUAUGUGGUACUUUCUACCACCGGCAUUAAGGAGUGGUAGUGAUUUAGGAAUUAAGGAAUUUGGUUCAGCUCUGGAGUUCUUCGAAGAAAAGCUCAUUUCCAAUGUCCUUACCAGUACAAGCUGAGAAAGAAGGCGAGAGGAGCUGUUAACUUGACUGCUAUGAAGCACUAUAAUUCCAUAUCCUGCUUGUAGCUGCUGUUUACUGCUUUGAUAACAGGCUACUUCUCAGGCCAAUGACGUUCAAUCGCAUUGUUAUCCUCUAAUAGUUCAAAGGCUUUAUGAACUUGGUCCUCCUUCUACCUAUAAAAGGAACACAAUACCCAUCGGUAUUGGGUUCAGAGAAUUGAUUAUUCAUAACGUAAGAGGUGAAGAAGGAGAAACCAUGACCUCCACAAGGUAUUACCGCUGCUACUGAGAUCAUCGGGGAUGUACUACGGAUUAACGCUAACAGGUAUUCCGUAUAAACUAUUCUUGUAUAUAAUUAUCGUGUGAUUAUCAUGAAGUUCAACGAUCCUAAAUUAAGUAUCUAUAAAAUUAGAUCUUAUAGUUGGCAUCUAGAGCUUGUGUUUAGAACUCAUGAUCGUCCGUUAAUCAUAUGCAAUAAUAAAAUAAAAUUGGGUUUGAUAUAUUUGGUUUUCCCCUUCUGUGAAGAUAAUCGUUCUUAUGGAAUUGCAUUACUUUUCACAUCUAAUUAUCUUGACCCAUAUCAUGCUCACACUUCAUGUUCAUGUUUGAUUUUUUAUUAUCUCAUCAAAAUCAAAUCAGUUGAAAAUUAUGGUAUACUGUAAAAUUUAAGAUCAUGUGGCCAUUAUCACUUAUG